ACAAGGAGGGUUAACUGUAAGUAUUGACUCCCUAGAUAAGUAUCUCUCUCCCUUUUCCCUCUCAACAUAAGUUAGUUGUUUGAGUUGUGGAGUUAGGUGGCUAGUUAACAGGAAAGCGGAACUAGCAAGCUAGCAGCACAUUAGCUGGGUUACCGAGUUGCCUACGGAUCCUGCCUGUUUACGAUCCUUACAAGCCUACUGCAAUUUUUCAGACAAUGCCGCAGAAUAUCGAGCUCGGUGCCACGGGGGGAGCCUCCAAACCGGACAGCAGAAACAUGGAAGACAUGACUGUGGAGCAGAUGACCAUGAAGGCCAACCAAGUGACGGACGAGUCACUGGAAAGCACCCGGAGGAUGCUGCAGAUGGCAGAGGAGAGCAAACAGACUGGCAUCAACACCAUGGUGAUGUUGGACGAGCAAGGAGAGCAGCUGAGGCGUGUGGACGAGGGCUUGGACCAGAUCAACCAGGACAUGAGACAGGCUGAGAAAAACCUGACGGACCUCUCCAAGUGCUGCGGCCUCUGUGUCUGCCCCUGUAACAGGGUGUCGUCUAUUGAGCAUGACUCACAAUACAAACGUACCUGGGGUAUUAGAGGAGCUGACGGGGAAGUUGACGCCAAUGGUUCAAAUGUAGUCUCAAAGCAGCCCUCAGGCGUUCACAAUGGCCAGGCUGGCCAGGUGAACACCUCGGCGCCCUCAGGCCCGUACAUCAAGAGGAUAACCAACGAUGCACGCGAGGAUGAAAUGGAGGAGAAUCUGGAAGCAGUGGGCAGCAUCGUUGGCAACCUGAAAACUAUGGCUCUGGACAUGGGCAAUGAGAUAGACCAGCAGAACAAACAUAUUGACAACAUCACUAGCAAGGCGGAAAUGAACAGGCUUCGUAUUGAUGAAGCGAACCAGCGAGCCAACAAGCUCCUCAAGUAGACAAGGAACCCUGCUUCUGCCAGUUUUAUCUAUCAACCUUGAGCCUCUGUCGCCACACUCAUACACACACUGCAUAUACAUGCACAAACACAUCUCUUUAACAUAAAAAAAAGAAAUUCAGUCAGGAAGAAUAUCUUUUGCCAUCAGUGUGCUAGCCUUAUAUUGCACUAAGAUGUAGGUAGAAUACACAAAUAUUUGUAAAAUUUAAAAAUUUGCCAGCAUCUUUGAAACAUGCAUUUAUAGUCACGCUGGACUUUAAGAAGCAGCAAGGGCAUCAGAAAAUGCACCAUAGAGGAAGUGACGGACUGCCUAUCACUGCUGUUCGAUACCAAAUAUGCACCAGGCCUGUUGUAUCAAAUCUCAACAUUCACAGGAAGGGAAGUAGCACAGGUCAGCUGCUUUGCUCUCAUUUUUUUAAUUUCUCAUUUUUUUCGCCUUUCAAGUCAAGAACUAUGACCUCACUUUGUCUUUGUGCAUCCCUAGUUUGUAUGGAUGAGCUCAUGUAUGAGGUCACGGAUACAUGCUCAUUAGCUGUCUUUUAGUGGUUUUCAGCACUGCAUUAAUUAAUGUGUCACCCCCUGUUGGUCCUAUCUUGAUACAGCAUCUAGUUUUAUGAUAAAACAUUGAAUUUGAAACUAAUGCGUCUUACUCAAAUUCUUAUCAGUUUAAUGUGUAAUUAGGUUUAUUGUAUUGUGUAAUAUUGAGACGAUGUGCUUAUUUAAUUACUUUAUCAAGCAGAAAUGACUUGCGAAUAAAGUUGUGGUUUUUAACACUUUGUUCUCAUGUCAUAUGCCAUUUCAGAUGUAAAAGCUAUUUCACAAAAAAUAUAAACCAUUGUGCUUUGGAGUGAGUCAUGGCAAAUGCUUUCAUGCUGGAAUUCAAAGCACCUACCCCUAAAUGAUGGCAGUUAAUGUUUUUUUAUUUUAUUUUUUCUGAAUGAUGAGAAGUCAGUGUCAUAACUAUUUGCAAGAAAAUUGUGAGACACUGAACUGGUGUUACAAAUGUAAUAUAUACUAGUAAUCACUUGUCCUUCAAAUGUGAAGGAGGGUCAGUAAGCAUCGUGAGUGAAGUUCAUCAAUAACUCCUCCAAAGCAUCUGGUUUAUUUUAGAAUAACACUGAAUAUGUGAAACAUAACAGUGGAUGAAUAACAGUAGAUUUGGCAUCAGUGAAUCAACUGCUGUACUUCAUAUUUAGUGUCUCUUGCGGGUUUUUUCACUCUUGCCACAGUGUUGAUGUAAAUACUGAAACAUAUUGUAGCCGUUGAAAUUAUCUGCCUGUAGUCAUUCUGUUAAUCUAAUUUCGCUCUUCUUUCUUUGUCACCUCCUGGUUAAUAGAGAUUUAUAGCACCCAAGUGCGGAAAAAUUAAUUGCCUCAAGUCUGAUAUUUUCAGUUUGUAAAAGUAUGAAAACUAAUUUCUAAAACACACUGCUGUACAUUGUUUAAUUAAAUAUAAUUUCUCACAUUGGCUCACUAGGUCAUUGUCAUUAUGGUAUAAGCAGCAGUUUUGUCAUAAUGAAAACAACCUAGGAUGUUUAAAAUUAAGGAAAUUAGUCUAGAAAAAAAGUAAUUUAGAAAUGGCAGGACCCCUGUCAAUGCCUUAUAGGUGAUCCAUGAUUGUGUUCUAACAACCAUUGUAUCACAAGCUGCUCCUCUUGUUUAUGUAAAUAGCCAGUUUCCACCGCAGAGCUGCAGUGAAAUGAUAAUAUCUGAUCAUUUGUUUUGUCAAAGCCGUAGCCAGGCUGAGAAAUUACUGCAGGCAACAGGAUGCAAAAGUAUACAUGUAAAUGAAUGAUGUUUCAGGGGUAAGAAGCGGAAUAAGUCCUGGUGGGCUCUGUUAAUGCCUUGCUGUGGAAAAUUGGCUAAUGAUAAAGUAAUACAUUAUUCUCAAAAUCUCUCAUAUUCAUCUUCCAGCUUAUUUGUUUUGAGGAAAAAUGAUAAUGGGUAUGCUCUGCUGCAGGCAUGCACCUAUUGAGUUUGUAAAGAUUGAAAUGAACUGUUAUUCAGGGCUUUGUGUUGCUAUAAAUGAUCUUCCUCAGCCUGCUACUUGUCAGCUGAGAUCUAAUUGGUCUAGCCUAAGGCUGACUCGCUGUCUUAAGGCUGUUUAUCCAUUGUUUUAUCAACAGCCACUGGAAUGUGACCGGUUUUUGAAUAUGUUCAUAUGCAGCUCUCCUUAUCUGAAAUUAGCUUGGUUAGCAAAUGACUUUUCAACAAAGUAAAAAUGCAUUUUGUUUCACACCUGCCUCUAUUAAAUUGUUUGUAUUCAAUAAAUCUAUUCUGAAAUUCA